UUUAUCCAUCGAUAGACCAUACUAAACAUACAGAGAUACAUAUAUGUUCAUUUCCUCUCACAGUAAUUCCUUCAUUUAUGUAGCCUCAAUAUUAACAUUAUUAUGUGAAGAAAUGACUUCAGGAAUUUCUCUGUGUAAUUUAUUUUGUAAUCGCAUAAAGUUACUUUUCUACCCAAGUAACAGCCAAAUAUAUAUUUAAAAAUAUAGAACUGAUCCUUAUUCUGAACAACUUAUCAUGGUUUCAUUUGUGUUGUUUUUAUGGGGUUAUAGAAUUUUAUGGAAUCAGAGGGAUUACUGUAUUUACAUUUACAUAUAUAUUACAAUUUUACAUAAAUUUGAUAGUAAAGUAUUAUAAACAAACAAAUUGGUAAACAUAGAAGUAAAAGUAGUUCAUUUAUUUGAACCAAAUAAAGAAAUAAUAAAGUAUAAAUAAAUACUAGUAAAUAAAAAAAUGAUACUUUAAAACAUUUAAAAAACUGUUAAUAAUUAUAUAUACCAAUGUCUAAUAAAAAAGUGAACUCUACGAUUCCACCUAUAUGACAUGUCUGAAACAUAUGAUAUUAAGCGAUAUACGUGUCUCCAAUCACCACGUGUCUACAAACGUACAUUUUACCUAAGUGAGCUAAUUCACCUAAAAAUAUCUGCACAUACGUAUACCGAACAAACUGACUGUCUAUCGAAUAUUUUAACGAGCAAACAACGAUGGACUUUUCACAAUAUCGGAAAAUAUUGGUUUACAUUUUGACAUUUCUCGCUUAUGCGUGGUCCGGUUAUGGUGCUGGAUUGUUGGGAAAUCUACGAGAUGCUGUAUUAACGGCCGAAUCAAUAUUUGAAGAUCUUCUUGAGAAUGCCGUAACCGUUGCGAAAAAAAUCAAGGAUAUUCAUGAAGUAUUUGACGCUGCUGUCGAAGAAAAUUGUAUCUUCCAUUGUCCCACAGGAGUUACACCAAAAGCGGAUUGGAAUCACAAACCACAAAGUAAUGGAUGCGGUUCAUUAGGAAUAGAGAUAAACCAAGAGUACCUACCUUUAGCAGAAAUGACUAAAUGUUGCGACCAACACGACAUCUGUUAUGAUACAUGUAAUUCGGAUAAAGACAAGUGUGAUUUAGAAUUUAAAAGAUGUCUAUAUAAAUAUUGUGAAGGAUAUCAAAGUUCUGGAAUAACUAUUGUGAAUACCUGCAAAACAGCCGCAAAAAUGUUAUUUACAGUUAUAAAUAUGAACGUUACACCGUAUUACAAUGAAAUUCGAGAAAUUCCGAAAGACUUAAAUUUUCAAGUAAAGCAAUGCUUAAUUACAAUACGAUCGCAUAAGAUACGAAAAUAAAGUGGAGAAUGGG